UCCUCAGAGGUUGAUGAAUGAGCCCCAGUGUUGCUGCAGAUAGACCUGAUCGUCUACUGCUACUAGGACAAACCCUACGGGUCAUGUAGACCUGUGAAAAUGUAAGUUUCAGCAGCUUUGGUUGCACUUCUACUCAUUUUGAAUUGGAAUGUGCUGUAGAUGAGGGGAUAAUGUGAGAAGAUGGGGGACUGGAACCUUCUGGGAAGUAUCUUAGAGGAGGUCCAUAUUCAUUCCACCAUUGUGGGGAAGAUCUGGCUUACCAUCCUCUUCAUUUUCCGGAUGCUGGUAUUGGGUGUCGCGGCCGAGGACGUCUGGGAUGACGAGCAGAGUGAGUUUGUUUGCAACACGGAGCAGCCAGGCUGCAAGACCGUCUGCUACGACCAGGCGUUUCCCAUCUCCCUCAUCCGGUACUGGGUCCUUCAGAUCAUCUUCGUGUCCUCCCCCUCGCUGGUCUACAUGGGCCACGCUCUGUACCGCCUGAGGACCCUGGAAAAGGAGAGACACAGGAAGAAAGCCUGCCUGAAAGCUGAGCUGGAGGGGACAGACCAGGAGGACCACAAGAGGAUCGAGCGAGAACUCAGAAAGCUGGACGAGCAGAAGAAAGUCCAAAAGGCUCCUCUGAGGGGCUCCUUGUUGCGCACUUAUGUCUUCCAUAUCCUGACCAGAUCUGUGGUGGAGGUUGGCUUCAUCAUUGGUCAGUGUGCUCUGUAUGGCAUUGGACUGUCCUCCAUGUACAAGUGUGAACGCUUGCCUUGUCCAAACGUUGUGGACUGUUUUGUGUCGCGACCGACAGAGAAGAACGUUUUCAUGGUCUUCAUGCUGGUCAUAGCUGGAGUUUCUCUGUUCCUCAACAUUAUGGAGAUCUUCCACCUGGGGGUGAAGCGGAUCAAGGACAUCUUGUACGGAUACAAAUAUGGAGACGAAGAUAGCGUGUACAGGUCCAAGAAGAACUCCAUGGUGCAGCAGGUUUGUGUGAUGGGGAGCGCGUCCCCCCAGAGGCUGAUGCAGCUCACUCAGAUGAGCUGCUCUGUGCUGUCUGAGCCCCACAGUCACGGGGAGACCAUGCCUUUGCAUUUGGUCCAGGCCCCCGCUCAAAACCAAGAGGAUUUCAUCACAGCCCACCAGCAAUCGUACCUGUCAGGCCAAACUGACACCCAGGCUCUGCAGCAGCUGGGGGCCGCAGAGCGGCGCUACACUCUGGACAACAGGAAACCCUCCUGCAGCAGCGAGGACUCACACCACGGUCCCGGAAAGAUGUCCUUGGGAGGACCUCGGCAAACGCUGAUGGCCAGCCACAUAGAGAUCCCAGCGGACCUUAAGAACCCGCAGAGGAAGCAGAGCAAAGUCAGCGUUUACAAGGAGCUCAGCGACAUGAGUGACUCCCCAGAGAGCGGCCACUACCCCACAGCCAGGAAGUGCAGCUUCAUGUCCCGAGGACUGUCAGAGGCCAAGCUGGCCAGCCCAUCCGACAGCAGCGGCUCUGAGGGGGGGGCGGAUGCCGAGGGUCAGCACCUCACCCAGGGGGAGAGUCCUCCCAUGACACCUCCACCCCCAGCCAGUGGAAGGAGGAUGUCCAUGAGCAUGAUUCUGGAGUUGUCGUCGAUCAUGAAGAAGUGAAGUGAGACACCAAAGUGUGUGGAGCUCCAGGAUGGCAGGACUUCUUCUUUCUUCCUCAGUACAUGUUAGUGCAGUCAUAGUAAAAAAAUGGAUUUUCCCACCAAAUCGCUGUACCUGGAGAUACAACCACACACUUCCUGUUUUUAGAGAUGGCAGCAGCUGAAGAUCCAAUUAGACCAACACCAGGAGGAAUUUCAUAACUUUAUUACUUCAGUCCAAAAGGUAAUUAUAGCUUGAUCACAUUUGAAAUAAAAAUGUCACAAUCUUAUAGAGACAUUUGACUUCAGCAGCAACCAUUAAGGAUGUUUGUGAUCACGUUUGAGGGACGCUGCAGAAAGUUAAGCUGAUGUUGUCAUUGAGUGAGGGAGAUGUUCAGGUGUUGCUAUGGUUACAAAAUAAACAGUACAACAAAAUCAUGAAAGUCAAAACACCAAACACGUCCACACCAAACUUUCUACUCAAGAGAAGAAGAUAUACCUAAAAAAUUAAGAAGAAAAAUACUGGAUAUUUUAAGUGUAACGAGGAAAAUGUUUUACAUGGAAACAGAAAUAUCAGUGUGAUAAUUAUUAUGUUUAAUAUUUCAAUUAUUAUAACUUGUCUUCAUCCUGGAGGUCAUGCCAAAUCGAACCAGCACUUGUGGAUUUAUUCAGUCUCAAACUCUAACUCAGUAUUCAUUUCCCUAGAAACAAAUCAGUUAAAAAAGGUUUUGACAAAAAGUACUAUUAAUGUGUGACAGUGAAUAUAGCAGAUCCUAAACAUAUCAAAUAUUGUUUGUAGAUGUUUGGCUUUUACUUUGGAAAACUUUGCUGCUGAUCAUCUUUGUGUCACAGAGUCACUGAAAUAAAAACUGAUCAGCUUCUUAUCUCAACAUUUAAGAACAUCCAGAACUUUGCUUGAUUUUUACACUGAAUUUGAUGAAAAUUGAACUUUUAUUAAAAAGAAUAAUCAGAGUUUUGUUUUUAAUUUUCUCUUUAAUGGAUUUAACAGAAGUUGCUUUAUGCACCAAUUUUCUUUUAGCUGCUCCCUUUAGGGAAUAAUCCUCCUGCAUCUGACCUUCUCUCCAUCCUCCUCAUUCAUUCCAACAAUCGUAUUGUCCUCUUUGUCUACAUCCAUGAACCUCUUUGGUCUUCCUCUUUCCUGCUAGCUCCAACCUCGGCAUCCUUUUUCCAAAUAUCAUCACUGUUCCUCCUCUGAAAAUGUCCAAACCAUCUGCAUCUGCUUCCCUGCAUUUAUCUCCAGAACGUCCACCAUGAUCUGUUCCUCUGAUGGAUUCAUUCCUGAUAUUGUCCAUCCGAAGAGAACCUCGAUGUCUUCAUCCCUGCUACCUCCAGAUCUGCUUCAUGUCUCUGCAUCAGAGACUCUAAACUGACAGCAUCCAAACCACAGCUCUUCUCUCUGUAACACAAUGCAGCUCUUCCUGACCUUCUAUGUUCUUCUCCAGAAACACCCUUAAAACAAAUAUGUCAUCUGUGGUUCUCGGAAUCUAUACAGUUGUUCACAAAUGCUCAUGUCUGACCUCAGUCUAGCCUCCUCUGCUCCAGGGAUGGCCAACCAACCUUCUAUCUUUCCUCUUCUCUCUCUGUUUACAAAUACGUCUUCUUCCUCUCCUUCUUCCACCAGUUUUCCCUUUUUAGGUCAACAGGUGGGGGUUGUUGGUAAUAUGGGCCAUGACUGAUCCAGUAUAGAAGUUCUGUUUGUGAUUUGUAAGAUUUGGUUUUUCAUCUGCAUUUAUCCAGUUCCAGAGUUGUAUAUAUGUAGCCCAAUAUCACAACACAGUUGUCUAAACGGGCUUCACACCAGUAACUACACAAAAACAUAGAAUCAGCCAUAAUUAGUCAGACUUGAGCAACACAAAAACACUGGAUUGUGCCCCCUAGUGGUUACAAUUUGUUUUUGGACAAGCUUAAUGUUAUUCAUUUCUAAGUGUUUAAGGAAUAUUUCCAAAAAAAAUAACAUUUAUGAUUAAGUAAAAACAUACAAAUGAUUCUUUUUAAUCAAGAGGAUAUAAGUAAAUAGGAAAAACAUCUGUUUUUGUCUUUUAAAAGAGACUCAACUGUCCUUUCACUUGAACUUGGUUCAGAAAAAACAAUUGAAGUCAACUGAAUAAUUAUUUGAGGUAUUUGGUAUGUUUGAACCUGAACAGACACACCAGGUGUGUGUUUGACCAAACUAAUUUUACACAAAAAAAUAAAAAUGAAUAAAAUGAAUGCAUGCUUCCUUAUGCUGGAUGAUAUUGCCAAAUGAAAGGCUUUUCUACAAAAUUACCUUUUGCUUUUGCUCUUUUCUUUUUGUCUUUUAAUUUAGAACUCUCCAUUUCUGCCCUAGAAUGGUUCUCUGACUCUGUCAGUGUUGCAGAAGUUUUCAUUUAAAACAUUUUUGUUCAAAAUUUUCUGGUUGAAUUCCUCCCCUCCAAACAACAUCAUACUAAAGCUCUAAAGGGGUUUUCUGUGUACCAAUAAACCUGGUUAAACACUCAUUGAACUUUAAAUCCUGUUUGACUCAUAAUGACCAUGUUUUUGUCAACAUCUCCUGCAUUUCACCAGUAAACACAUUUAGGUUCAUUGAGCAAUUUUUCUUCUUUUACUCACCUCCACAAACGCUUCUUUAGUCACUUUUCAGUCUUCAGUUACUUCUCUCUUUAAAUACUGUGUGUUCUUUUUUGUACAUUUAUGACCAAAAUAAAAG